GCUGAAUUUAUUUGGAGAAAUCACACGACUAACCAAUAAACAUUGUGGAGAGAUUUAUUUCACCAAGCAACCCUCGCACUGUAAUAGUGGCUAGUUCGAUAUACACGUAGAGCAGAACACCCGACACCCUGGUGUCACGGGACUCGUACUGACUGGACAUCGAUUCUCAGUGGUACGAAUCGUAGUGUUCUCCUAAAGUUGGGAACUUCCAGUGGUGAACUGCAUGAAAUGGCCGCGCCGCUGGUGAGCGAUGGGUCAGCAGCACCAGUGGCAGCAGACCACAUGGCCGGCAUUGGCCAAAGCACAUGCAAGUCAUCCACGAGCUGGAAACAAGAGAUGUACGGGAUUUGGGGAAUGCAUGUGGAGAGCGGAGCACCAUUACGGAUUGGACUCUUCUUUGCUGUUGUGAACGUCUUACUCCGGCUUCUUGUUAUGUAUUUUGGGUACUACCUGAUCACUGCCGACUGGCUAUACCGCGGCUGUGUUGGUGAUGUAGCUGUGGAGGACUGUGAUCCAGCGUGCAUGCUUCUCUCCAUCAACAAUACACGGGUGGACUGCACGGCAAUGUCCACGAUAAGCCAGUCGGUCUUUGCUGUGUGCGCGUGUUUGCUGGUGUUCGACGUCUACAUUCUGCUGAGAGUGCCGAUCACUAACACGAAGCGUCUGAAGUGGAUGCAGCGCCGGUACAAGCUCAGCCUUGCCUUCCUGCUGUGUGAGGCGGCCUGUGCGGUGCUGUUCCUCUUUCUGCUGCUCGUGUCUCUAUUCAUCUCGAUGAACUUCAAGGCCAACGACGUUCAGAGCGUUCCGCCAUUCUCCCACGGCCUGAGGUACAAUAUUGCCAUUGCCUGCCUUUCGAUGCUCAAUGUAUUCAUCUACAUGUUUGUCGACUGGUGCUCCGUGUGCGACUUACCGCCAUUUAAGGUGGCGAGCAAGUCUCAGUAAAGUUGAGUAAACCGUACGUUUGAUUCCAGGGAGUGACAGCCCUGCCUGCUGUCUUUAGCGGUUACUAUCACAAAAUUGAGUUGCCAUUGGUAACACUGUGGGGGAGUGUGGGUGUUUGUAUCAGUACUAGCACCUUUUUUAUUGCGUUACAUAAUCAUUGCAUGCAGCAGGACUGCGUGCAUUUUUACUUCAAUCUAGUCGAACAGGUUUAUAAGAGAUUGACACAUAUUUUGGACUUUCCUUGCAUUUUCAUUAAAUUUGAUGGGUGCAGAAAAACAGGUUUCAUUGAUUCUGAUAGGUGUGUGCAGUCUCCAUAUCGGUCUCCUUUUUUAAUUGAUUUUUCAAUUUCGCAUCACGUGAAAGCAACUCACUCACUAUGUUUCUGUA